GGUCCAGUCCACGGUCUGAUGCUGCUGUCCUGUCCUCUGCUGGGGGUCUCGAGUAAACAGGCGGAUCAGUGAAUUCAUUUGGGUCCAAGCCUAGCUGCAGUUCAUGUUGGAGUAAGACUGAAUUCUGUCUGAAAUCUGAGAAGUGCUGAAGGAUGAUGCCCUGGAAAGGCGGUGCUCUAGUUUUCCUCCUGCUGGCUGUGGUCGCAACUGCAGUGUCCAGCAGAGAGCUGCAGUGCUCCAUGUGGCCUGUGGGGGUGCUGCAUCCAGUGCAGGCUCAACUGGAGCGCUUUGAGGCGGGACCAGGUUGUGCAGCCAGAGAGGGUGGAGCUAAAGAGACCCAUGUGAUUUCUGUGGGCAAAGCCUCCAACAAACAAAUAACGGUAGUGUUAAGACCUUUGACCGUCUCUCUGCCCGUCAACCGGCCGGUGAUUCUGGUGCUGAGCUCCCGGCAUGCCGUGCAUUGGGUGUUGGAAAAUGAAGGACUGUCGCACAACAUCAACGUGCUGGUGCAGGUGUCUCUCAACUCCACGGCCGUCUCUUCGAGCUUGUCCAUCCGCGUGACGCAGGUUCCGUCUCUGCCAUGGCGGCCACGAGUCCUGCUGCGCUGGAUCCUAAAGCGUCAUGCCACUGUCUCGUCACUCACGAACACUGUACGCGCCAACCGUGUUUACCUCCGUCUGGGAGAGGAUGCCAGCAUGCCGAGUGAGUGCCGCCUGCGGUCUCCGUUUCUGUCCCAAAACUAUCUGGCCUCAGAGCUGCAGGAGCAGGAGAUUCACGGCUGCGUCCCGUCAGACCAGCCCUCGGAGAUGGAGGUCCACAUCAUCCGCCUGUGGUCCUCAGGAUCCGACCUGUGCGGCUCUCUGCAGGUGGAGGUGUCUGUCUCUCUGCUGCCUCCAGUGGCUUGUUCAGCGUAUCACAGGAUUGUCCUGAUCCUCAGCAGUGCGCUUCCGGUCAACUGGGCUCUGGUGGCUCCAGAGAUCAAAGGCCACGUCAGGGUCUAUUCGUCCAACAGCGUGAGUCCGCCGUACCGAACUCAAUCCCCCAGCCUCUGCAUGACCAGCACCGUGACUUCUGACCUCCUCAGCACCCCCGACCUUCUAGAAUGGGCCAAUCAGAACGGCUUUCCCAAAGUGACCUCGUACACUGAGGCUGAUCUGGCCAAUCGCUUCGUUGUCAGGCUAAGAGAAGGAGGGUCAGACACAGAACUGAGUUCUUCAGACGGGGGGCAGGAUGACAUCAUGACAGACAGAAGCAGUGAGGCGCUCAGCUGCCACUGUGAGAGCGGUGCUCUUACUGUUACUGUGGACACACGGAUGCUACAGAUUUUUCCAGUGUCGGCAGUGACCCUGCGAGAUCACAACUGCCACGGUGAAUUUAAUGGAAGCCAUUUCCUGUUGCUUUUCCCGGUCAUUUCCUGCGGGACAGAGGGAGAACUGGAUGAAGUGAACGGAAGAGUUCAUUACACGAAUACAGUGUUCCUGUGGAAACAGAAACCAUCCGAGGGUUUAAACAAUGAGACAGGCGGGAGGGUGUUGGACGAGAUGAGUCUGAUAGCCAUUCAUAUCAGCUGUGCAUCAUCUCUGAUCACUCCUGUGAGUCCAACAGACAUGACUCCUUCCUCCAGGCCUGUGGAGGCGCUGCGCUUCAGUCCCUGGGUGCCGAGAGGCCCCACCACUCCAAUCCUGUCCAUGGAGCUGUUUGUCACCGAGGCCUACGAGAAGAGAGCCGUGGGGCCCUGCGUGAUCACCGCGUAUGACCGUGUCUACGUGCAGAUCUCGGUGGGUUCUGGUGUUGCGGAGGCCGUGGAGGUCCUGUCGUGUCUGGUCUCUCCUCUCUCAGAUCCGCUUGCUCACAGCGGCUGGUCCAUCAUCAGAGACUCCUGCCCCUCUGACCCGUCCUUCAAACUGAGCCACAGAGAAACCCAGGAAUCCACAGACAGCACAGGACAUGAUGAAGAUGAGAAGAUCUACAGGAAAAAUGACAGAAGACUGUCACAGCUGAGACGAAAUAAAGACAAGAGACCCGACAGACUCGGAGCAAAGAGACCUGAAGAACGCAGACGGAAGAGACGGGAGGACGAACGCGAGAGUGCAAACAUGCUGCAGUUCAGUUUCAUCCUGCGGCCCGUCUUUAAUAACUCCAUCCAGUUCCUGCACUGCCGGCUGCGUCUGUGCGCGUCAGUUAAGGGGCCCUCCGGGGCCGCCACUCGGAUCUGCACAGACGGGCCUCAGAUACCUGCUCUCACACACACAACUGCUUCUCAACAGUGUGAGUACAGAAAUCUCUCUCGGCCUGUGUUGGUCACGUAUUCUGCUGGGUUUCUGGCUCCCCCUGCUGGUAAACUUUCUCAAAAGCCUGCUGAGAUCUCGAAACAGACUCCUGCACACAGCGAAACAUACGAGAGUGCAGUGUUAGUGGUCGUGUUCUCUGCGUUUGUGAUGGGUUUGUGUCUGAUGGGGGCACUGUGGUGCAUUUACAGUCACACAGGGAGGCGUGAUAUGACCCAGAGAGACGGUAUUAGAGACCACGCGACAGGACAGCGAAACCCGCCGACACUGAUGGAGCAAACCAGCGGUUUCCACGAGGUGGACUAAAGAUAUCCCUGAUAGCACACGUACAUCAUGGAGACGUCUAUUUGACGUCUGCAUUUACAUCUGUAAGACGUAUUUUUAAAAAGUGUUUGCUCAUCUGCACGUCUAUGACGUUUCCUAUAAGAUGUCAAAUAGACGUCUAUUAGAUGUCUUUAAGAUGUUUAUGAUUUAGAAUUUAUGUAAAAC